AUGCAGCUAAGUUGUAGCGUGGAUAUGGAAGAGUCGAAAUCGUGUAUAUCUUUUUCUGUGGACUAUUUAUUAGCAGAUACUAGAAAAACACAUAUUCCAAAACAAUUCUCAGUGGACAGAAUUUUAGAAGAACGAUUGCCGGGACCCUCAAUUGAUACUCCUUGUUGGUCACAUCCUCUUGAAUCAACAUUUUCUUGGAUUCCUAGAUCUCCCAAACCCGUGGAAGGAGCAAAGCUGCCAGCCAUGAAAUGCCAGUUGAGGAAACAUAAAAGUAACAGAAAGCCUCGAACUCCUUUUACAACUCAACAGCUGUUGGCACUAGAAAGAAAAUUCCGCUCGAAACAAUAUUUGUCCAUCGCUGAGAGAGCAGAGUUCUCAUCUUCUUUAAAUCUAACAGAAACACAAGUAAAAAUUUGGUUUCAGAAUCGUCGAGCAAAAGAGAAACGAUUGAAAGAAGCUGAAAUGGAAAAAUUGCGUAUGGCAACGCGCCCUAUAUUGCCGUCCUUUGGAUUUGGUAUGCAUUUCUUGCAAAGUCAUUUCAAUAGACCAAUAUUAGGACCUCUGAUGGCACCUUAUCCUAUAUACUCUUCAUCUUCAACUGUGUGCCCGCAGUAACAUGUGUCUUGAUGAGACUUUAGAGUGGACAUUCAAUUGUGAUAUUUGUAGCAACUCCACGCUCGGAGAUUUAAAUGCACUUAACAUUACUGGCCAAUAUUAUCAAAUUAUUUGGCUUCUUAAUUUUGUUUUAAUUAUUGCUCAUUUAGUUUAAAAGUCUUCUUUCAUUGUGAAAAAAAAUAUUAUUCUCCAAGAAAAGAAAUUAAUAAUUUUUAAUUGGAUUGUGUGCCAUAGUUAAACAUUUUUAAAAGAUUACACCAACAAUUAUAAUUGCAGUGAAACUAUAUUUUUCAAAUAAAGCAGUUAUACAGAGUGCUGGUAUAGAAUAUCACAGUUUAAAUGGUAUAUUCUAACAGUUUAUUUAUAAAGAAAACUCAUUCAUCAAACGAGGAAACCAGUAAGAAUCUAGUAAGAUAAAUUGCUGUGGUAUAUAUUCUAUAAUAAAUUUCUAAAAUAUAACAUUGAAAGUGGGACAUUUUUUUAGGAACAUCAUCUAAUUUAAAACUGUUUUAAUACUUUCUAACAUUUUGAAUGUGGCUAAAGAGGAUUAUGCAGCAGAAAAUUAUAUAAGUAGUUUUUAGAAGCUUACUUCAAAACAAUCUUUUCAUUAUCGUUAUUAAAAGUGUCAUCGUAGUGUGAAAAAUAAAAAAGAUAUUUUUCUCGUUUUAUAAAAA